AUUGUGCAAUUGUUGGAUGUAUUCUCAUAUGGAGCUGGUGUGGUACUGGUUUUUGAAUAUAUGCCUACAGAUUUAUCAAUUCUUUUACGUGAUACGGAAAAUCCUUUGACAGAAUCUCAGAUCAAAGCCUAUCUUAUUAUGCUUUUAAAAGGUGUGGCUUAUUAUCAUAGUCUUGGAAUUAUGCAUAGGGAUUUAAAACCUGCUAAUUUAUUGAUUUCUUCUACUGGGCAUUUAAAAAUUGCUGAUUUUGGUCAAGCUGAUUUAUUCGGAAAAAAAGAGCAAAAUUAUAGUCAUCAAGUUGCUACCAGGUGGUACAGGGCUCCUGAGUUAUUAUAUGGAUCACGUUCUUAUAACGAAGCAGUUGAUUUAUGGGCUGUUGGAUGUAUAUUUGGUGAAAUGCUGAACAAAUUUCCUCUGUUUAGGGGUGAAAAUGAUAUAGAACAGUUAUGUUUAGUUCUUCAGACGUUAGGGACACCAACAGAAGAAAUUUGGCCG